CGGAUCUUUCUCUGGUUCUGGGCAUGCGCGUCGAGACGCUUGGGUACGCGAUCUCGGCGAUCUUCACGCUCCUCUCGGUGCUGCUCUCGGGCUGGGAGAUCUGGACGCACCUCACAUGCAACCCAGUCGUGAGCGUGCGCAAGUACAUUCUGCGCAUUCUGCUCAUGGUGCCGAUUUACGCCGUCACCUCGUACCUCGCGCUCGUCUUCAACCAGCACAAGCUCAUUUUCGAGACGAUCCGCGACUGCUACGAGGCCUUUGCACUGCACUCGUUCUACUACUUCCUCGUCGUGUACCUUGGCGGCCAAUCGGUCUUGGCCAACACGCUCCGGAGCAAGAAGCAAGUGCGGCACUUGGCCGGCGUCCAAUACUGCAUUAAGCCAUGGCCCAUGGGCAACAAGUUUGUGCGCCUGACCGCGAUCGGCAUUUUGCAGUACAUUCCGGUCAAGCUCGCCGCGUCGUUCAUUACGCUCAUCUCGUCGCUCCUCGGCGUGUACGGCGAAGGCGAGAUGCUCAACCCGCUCCGAGCGUACGGGUACCUCUGCUUUGUGCUCACGCUCUCGCAGUCGUGGGCGCUCUACUGCCUCACGCUAUUUUACCUUGGCACCUUCGACGAGCUCAUUCCGAUGAAGCCGCUGCCGAAAUUCUUGGCGAUCAAGAUGAUCAUCUUCUUUACGUACUGGCAGAGCAUGCUCAUCACGCUCCUCGAGAUCGUCGGCGUCAUUAGCGCCGACUGGAACAUUGGCUGCCCCGACUGCUGGAGCGCGAGUGCGAUCGCGUCAGCACUGAGCGACUUUGUCAUUUGCGUCGAGAUGCUCGUGUUUGCAGUCGUGCACCAUUACGCAUUCGCGAUCCAAGACUUUUUGAGCAUGGACUGCCGGUACCAGUGCGACGAGGACCAUCGCAGCGCAGUGAAAGCGCCGCUCUUGGCGCACUUUAUGGACGUCAUCAACGUGGCCGACGUCCGGAACGACAUUACGAGCUCCCGCGGCGAAAUCCUCACCAAGAAGCAGCAGCUCGCGGCCAAGUUUGACACGUACUUGCCAUCGCCCCUCACGGACGAGAUGCUUCUGCCCGAAUAGGCACACUGAGAUAGAAAUAUGAUCAUCGUACAAUCAAUACUACAGUAAUACAUCAUUCGACAUGCUCAUGGAGA